AUGGCGGCCAAGAUGGAUUUCCAACACUAUGCACCGCAAAUCGACAGGAUACACAAAGCAACGCCAAAGGAAACAGCUUCCAUCGCUUUUUGGAAUACCGUCCGCGAAAAUUUCACCAUCUCAACAUGGAUGGCCAUGGGAGCCGUACUCCAGGGCCUCUUGGUUCUGUUCGCUCGGCCAACCUUCGCCGUCGCACCUGCGGCACUUCUCUUGCUCUAUCGAUUCUCACACACGAUGCUCAUGCAUUACGGCGUAAUUCGCAACACGCAGAUGGCAGAUGUUAUCUCGGGAAAGUAUACUGUGCAAAUUCCAGACAAAGAUGGCAAUCCGCCCAGUGAGCCCUCUGGGACAGACGUGGCGGUUAUCAUGCUAGGCUUGAGGAACAAUCAUGCACUCGGUAUGUUUGGAACGGGCGGGCGGGAAACCUUCCUCAGGUUUAAGGCAAUGUUCCAGGAACUUGAGGACAAUAAGGACUCUGGCUUUCUCGGUUCAUCUUGGUAUAGGUCUGCCAAUGAGCGACUGACGGGCAAUGGUUUCAUGACGGUGUGCUAUUUCCGUAGCGUCGAAGAUAUCGAUCGAUUCGCUCACGGCCCGCUCCAUCGCGACACCUGGGAUUGGUUUAACAAUUUGGUCAAGACGCAUCCGCAUUUGAGUAUCAUGCACGAGGUGUACACAGCGCGAAAGAAGAACUGGGAGAAUAUCUUCAUCAAUUACCACCUCACAGGCAUUGGAAAAAUACUGAAGCCUGUCAUCGUCAACGGGAAAGAGUACACGCCUAUUGCCAAUGCUCAGCGUGGACCAUUAAGCACACACAAGGGACGAAUUGGCAAGUCGGGAUCAAUCAUUAAUGAAAAAGAGUAUCUUAUAGAUGCUGAAGAAUAA